UGUUUGCACCUAGCGCGCUGAAGGUGGAUGUGCGCGUGUGUGUGUGUGUGUGUGUGUGUUUCUCACACGGGCGGACGGAAAGACCUAGCGUUUUAGGUCGGUAUCAAGCCUAGCAUCUUGUUCAUCCAGGAUGUCGUGGAUACGUUCGUUGUUGCUGAUGUGUGCCCUGGCGGUGGUGGUGGUGAGAGGUCAGGAGUGUGCGGAGACUGCAAACUUCUUCACCGAGCACCAACUACAGUACAACUGGAGACCCAACGAUGGGCCUUCUAGUGUAUGCGGUAGAGCAAGUUGCUGCAGCAAGCAACACGACGCUGACUUGCUGCAUGCUGCCAAGCGCCAAAUGCGGGAGGACUUACGAACGGGAUUUUCCAGCAGCCUCUAUCUUCUAGAACGGUUGUCAUCUCAGCUGGACGCAUCAAUCUGCAAUUCUCUGCAAGAAGCACAGAACGAGAGCGAUAGCGUUCUGCAGCACACGUAUGGUCCGUAUUAUCAACGUAACAAUGGCAUGUUCAGCGACUUCUUCUGCCGGCUCAGCUUUGCAGCGAGUCGAGCGGACUGCUGCUACUGCGAGCAAGAAAUGGAGGAGAUUGUCUUCACGUUCUUGCGGGAUCUGGUGUUUGUCGCUCUCAAGGAGCAGUCCAGGAUCCUGAGCGUGUCGCAGAGGUUCGAAAAAUGUGUGCACCGUGUCAUGACCGUCGCUGCCUUGAAAGAAAUCUUUGCUGAGAACAGGGUCAACUGGUUGCUGAGCCGCUUGAAGCGGCAGAUCUGCUUACCAUGUCACAUGCGACAGGGGUUGCGCGUGGCGCACAACUUCGUGCACAACUCCAUCACCAAAACUGAGGUGAGCCAGGAGUGCCUGGAGGGACUGCGCUGUGUGUACAGCUGCUCAUGCUGCGCCGGUGAAGCCAACUGCAGGACAAAGAAACCCUGCUUCUCGUGCUGCGAGUCCGCAAUGCUGGCAUGUAGCCGCGAAGGCCUGGGUCCAUCCAGUGCGCCCUUCUCAUGGUUACUGAAGGAGCUGGGGCGUGCUGCUGCAGAAAGUGCAGAUGGAAAGCCAGAUGAAGUUCUGGACAGCUUGGGCGUCAACCUGAGUGAAAUGAUCAUGGAGAUCUACCUGAAGACCGAGGAGACGCUGGAGCAGAUAUCGGGAACGUGUGGUACCAUUCAUGAGAAUGCCCUGAGCACUCGUAGUCCCAACCCUCCGCUCAAGUGUCCAGUGUGCUCUUCAGAUAACUCAGAGAUCUUGAAAGCACUUCGAUCAGUGCAGUCGGAGGCGGAUCUUCUAUCGCGCACAUUUGAAAACAUCUCCCACGGUUCCUGCAGUGCCACUGCAGGAAGUCCGUCGGGGCCACAGGGUUGUGCAGGCUGCAAUGAUUGCCAGUUCAGAUCCGGAAACACAUCUAGUGCAACCGAGACCAUUCUAACGAAGCUGGUAGUGGAUCUGCCGCGUUUCUUCCGCCCGCCGAAAGCCCGAUUCCCAAAUUCUAUGGCAAUGCCUGCUUUCUCAUGCACGAAGCCCACUACCUUUCCCGAGCGAGUAUACGUUCCUGGAGCGCCAGGAUCACCAAACAUUCAACCCGGAUCACCGGGAACCGCAAAUGGCGAUAACCGUGGUGGUAUUAUUUGUGACGAUGAAGAUGUCAAUUGUUGCCAGCAAGGAUCGGGUGAUGAGUCGGGCAGUGGCAGUGGUGACGGCGGCUGUAUUGGAUCUGGAAGUGGCGACAGCAGCAGCGGCAGCAGUGGUGCUGGUGGCAGUAUCAAACCUGUGGAGAGAGGCAACGACACGGUCGUGAGAGCCACAUUUACACUGCCGGGUCCCAUCACCCGUGCUCCGAUCGGAGCUGCAGCGACGACGGCGGGUGAGAAGGAGACCAAAAGCAGCUCAGCCCCUUCAUCAGCGCACCUACUGCACACCGCUGUUUACGUCCUGCUCGCAGUAAUAUCAGCUACAUUAGCUGCUGCGUGCUGAUGCAACGUCUACACCAUCUACAUUGUAUCCUGGACUAGUGGUGAAAAGAAGAAAGAACAGAAUGUGUGCAACAGGAACAACAGUAUUAUGUGAGCAAUGGAAAAUGAUGGAAAGGAUUAACUAUUGACUGCUGGCGACGAUGGUUGCAUGGUAAUACUGAUCUAUUGUCACUGCACGUCCGCACACGUGUGGCCUUGACUUGAGUUUGAACGGACCAAAAAAAAUGAUAAAUGUCCGCUGAAUAAUUCUACUACCAUGUUUGCAUCCCAUACUAAUAUUGAUGUUGCCCGUAACAGUACUAACAAUAAACAGAUUGAUGUCCUCCAUGUAUUGCUCUCUGUACAUAACUAAAGAAUAAUUGAGGUACACACAGAUGUGUUUCUAGUUCUGGGUGGUAACAUAUUCUUGUUUUUCUUUCAGCCUGCACCAGCCAAGGAUGGUAAUAACAGCUCUCUCUCUCUCUCUCUCUCUCUCUCUGCAUGUCACGUCAAACUGUUUCUUCCAAGAAGUGCAUUGUGUUGUUAACAUGUUUUUUUUGUUCACGGGCAUGCAAGACUUUCUAUAUUAUUCUCUCCAGCCACCGGAGUCACAGUUAGCUGGUGCUUCGGCUUUGAGAAGCUGGCUUUUCUUUGCUGCUGCUGGCAGCUGCAUCUUUCUUUCUUGGCACGUUCACCUUCGAGGACACGGUGUACAGAUGCCGCAGCUUUUAUUUCUUCCCUUCUCCACUGUUUCAAUUAUCUUAUGGGUUUGCAGUGCACGUAAUGUCACGUUCACAUAACACCACCGUCAUAAUCAAGAUUAUCACGAUUUUGUACUUUCAACAUUAUUUCAGAUUUAUUGUCCUUUUUCCUCACUCUCACUCCUUUACUUCGCAGGCUAAAACACAAACCCGUGACAUGGCCAUAGAUCAGCACCUGUAGUAGAGUUGCGUGAUUCAAUCAUCUAAUUAUUUUAUCACCUGCCAUAUUAUUUUCAUGCUCGGA